AUGGCAUUCCAUCUUGCAGCUCGCUCAGGGCAUCACGAUAUGGUGGUUGUUUUAUUACAACUUGGUGCUGAUGUCAAUGCUAGAGGUGAAAAUGAUUGGACGCCACUUCAUGAAGCAAUUAGUCAAAAACAUUUAAAUAUUUGUUCUAUGCUUGUUACAGCUGGUGCCAAUGUAAAUUUGACAAAUGGCAAAGGACAAACUAUCAAAGACUUGGGAAUUGAGACUGGCUUAACGGAAAAACAGAUUGAAGAAUGUUUGGGUUGGUUUCGAUUAUCAUUUUAA